UAUGAUUGGACGACACACAGACCCCUCCCAUGCGUGUCUGAAGGUGAAGUAAGUGGAGAGGAGCCAAGUGAGACGAGAGCAGCUGAUCUUUUUUAUUAGCUUAAAUUAUGUCAUCCAGUGGACUUUUAACCAUGCGCACUCAAAUGUGCAAACGCCUGGCACACAAGUACCUGUCAAGGACCUACUCCUCUCGUCCCUCCCUUAAUGAAGUUGUUAUCGUCAGUGCGGUCCGCACCCCUAUGGGCUCCUUUAGAGGAAGCCUGGCAGCAGUGCCAGCCACCAAACUGGGCUCCAUCGCAAUCAGAGGAGCCAUCGAUAAAGCAGGUAUCCCGGUGGAGGAGGUGAAGGAGGUGUACAUGGGGAACGUCCUGCAGGCCGGAGAGGGUCAGGCCCCCACCAGACAGGCCUUGCUGGGAGCAGGUUGUACCCUGGGCACUCCAGCCACCACUAUCAACAAAGUCUGUGCCUCUGGAAUGAAGUCCAUCAUGCUGGCUGCCCAGAGCCUAAUGUGCGGUCACCAGGACGUGAUGGUGGCGGGGGGCAUGGAGAGUAUGUCCAACGUGCCCUACGUCAUGACCAGGGACACGCCCUCCUACGGCGGAGUCCGCAUGGAGGACCUCAUCGUCAAGGACGGCCUCACCGACGUCUACAACAAGUUCCACAUGGGCAACUGCGCAGAGAACACGGCCAAGGUGGCUGGCUUCAGCAGGGAGGAGCAGGACGCCUACGCCAUCGGCUCCUACACGCGCAGCAAGGCGGCGUUCGAGGCCGGCAUCCUGGCCAAGGAGAUCGUGCCCGUCAGCAUCCCACAGAGAGGUAAGCCUGACGUGGUGGUGUCUGAGGACGAGGAGUGGAGGCGUGUGGACUUCAGCAAGGUCCCCAAGCUGCGGGCGGUGUUCCAGAAGGAGAACGGCACUGUAACCGCGGCCAACGCCAGCACUUUGAACGAUGGGGCUGCCGCUCUGGUCCUCAUGACGGCCGACGCUGCCAAGCGGCUCAAUGUCAAGCCCCUGGCCAGGAUCGUCUCUUUCGCCGAUGCUGCCGUCGCUCCCAUUGACUUCCCCAUCGCUCCUGCGUUUGCUGUGCCCAAGGUGCUGGAGGCGGCCGGCAUCCAGAAGCAGGACGUGGCCAUGUGGGAGCUGAACGAGGCGUUUAGCGUGGUGGCACUGGCCAACGUAAAGAUGCUGGACAUCGACCCGGCCAAGGUCAACGUAAACGGCGGCGCGGUCUCACUGGGACACCCUAUCGGGAUGUCUGGAGCGAGAAUCGUAGGCCACAUGGCGAACAACCUGAAGGCAGGUGAAUACGGGCUGGCCGGCAUCUGCAACGGUGGUGGUGGCGCGUCCGCCAUCCUCAUCCAGAAACUGUAGGAAACCUAAGCUAACUAUGAGGUCCUUCCACUCCAUACGUGUGUUUUGUUGGGUUACGCUGUGUGUCCGAUUACGAUGCCCCCUUAAUGACAUGACUCCCAUUGCUAGUUUUGAUCUGUAGGCCUACGACUUUGAACACGCAUGCUGCCUUAUUUGACUCUGUGACUCCAUGUUCAAGACACUCCUUAGAUUGACGAUGGUCUGUUGUGAAAAGUAUUUAACUUGAAGAGUUCAAUAAAUAGUUUCUAUGAAAUGGA